AUGUCAUCCUCAACGAAUCCACCUCGUUCGAUGAUCAACAACAAGCAAAACAAUGGUGGUAUUAAUAAUGGUGGGCAAAAACCACAACAAAUACAACAAGGAGUGGAAGGAAAAGGAUUCUACAAAAAUCCUCUCACCCUAAAAACAACUGCCCAACAACAAGAAAAACCAGCAACAACAACAACCACUAGUGGUCAUCCAUCAAACGGUAGAGCAACAUCAUCUAGUACAAAUAAUCAACAGCAACAACGCGGAAAUAUUAUGAUGAUACCUAAUAAUGUAACUACAACAACAUCAUCAACUAGAACAAACAAUGUAACUGCUGUUCCACAGUUAUUGAAAAAUCCAUCAAAUCCAACUCCGAAACCAAGCAAUGAAAAAUCAACUAAACUUCAAUGCUCCCUAGUUAAAAAACAUGAGGAACAAUACUUGGCAUUCCUCUCAGAUGAAGGAAAGAUCCCUAAUGUAAUUAAAAGUCUUAGCGGAGAAAGAGAACCACAAGACUUUUGUUCUCUUCGUUCAACUUGUAUUCAACAAUAUCAAAAUAUUGCACUCUCCGAUACAGAGUAUGACAAGAAGUAUGAUUUGAUUUUGCAAAUUUGGAAAACUUUUUAUUACAAAUUGAUUGAAUUAUUCAGAAGAAACCCUGUAUUGAAGGAGAGAAAGGAUCUAUACAUCAAGUUUCUUAAUGAUAGUAUUUUGGAGUAUAAGGAGUUUUAUAAAAAGAUUUCGGAACUAUUCCAGAAGGAAAAAGUUCUUCUCCAACGAGGUGACUUGUUCAGAUAUAAAACCUUGCUAAAUGCUAAGAAUAUGGACUUUUCAAAGAGUGAAAAGUACUACAAGAAAGCCGUUCAAUUAUCUUACAAUUUCGGCAAUGCUUGGAAUCAAUUGGCUGUAAUUUCCACCUAUCAAAAUGACUACUUUUUGGCCAUCUAUAGAUAUUAUAGAAGUUUGAGCUGUAUUCACAGACCAUUCAAAUCUGCUAGAGAUAAUAUUAUUCUUCUUUUCAAGAAUAACGUUCCAAAGAUGAAAGGAAAACCUAGUUUCAAACUUUUAACUCUCCAUGGAAAGUUAUUCCAAUCUCAAUCUACUAUUGAAGAAUUGGAUGAUGAUAAUUUGAAUAUUAUUGAGGAAAUUUUUGCAGAAGUUCCUGAAAAUGACAGCUCCUACUUUUUCAAAGCAACAAUCAUGAACUUGUUUGUGGAUCAACAAAAUUCCAAUAAUUAUAGUAAGAUUUUCAACGAAGCUUUCUUUGCCAAGCUCAUCUCCCACUAUUCAGAUCUUUAUGAAUCUGAUUCUAUUAGGAAUUUUGAUAUUUACAAUUCAUUGGUACUCUACAUUGAAUAUUUCCUUCAAAAUAGAAAAAUCUACCUCUAUGAUAAUGAAGCAUUGUGCAAUAACCUUUGCUUCUUAUAUGCUAAAAUUGUCGAUGAUCAAAGACUUGCUGAUGAUGGAGAAAAUGGAUUUUAUCACGACAUUCUAGGAUACAAUCCAUUGAAUGGUAAUCUUGGAACCUUUUCAACUAGAAAUGAAAACUCCAAUGUGAAACAAUCAUUGAACAAGAUAUUCCAAAAGCAAAUGAAUGAACUCAUCAAUGACAAGAUUAUCAGUUUUUAUUACAGAGAAUAUGACAGAGCCUUCUCAACAGCAAGCUUUGAAGAUGAUAUUGAAGAUGACGAUAAAAUUGAUGACGAGAGUAUUGUAAUUAACGGAGACUUGUUGGAUGAUAUUAAUGAUGAAAUUAUUGUGGAUGACAUUAGUGACAGUAUGACUUUGGACCAUCAACAUAUUGAACCAAAGAGUUUUACUGCUCUUCCUAACAAUGCUACAACAAGCACCAAUGGCUUCAUUACUCCUGCAGGAGGCAGUAAUAUUUGGAAGACUGACAGCACAUCCCUUCCAGAAAUGAAAAAUGAUAGUCCUUCAUCACUUUCCAAGCUUAACAUUUCAAGCCAAGCUGGAAACGACUAUAUCGAAAAGCCAUUCAUGAGAAACAAUGUAGAUUCACCAUUCAUCAAUGAUCAAUUAUUCAACCAGAGAAUUUCAACUCCUGUAAAUAAUGGACUAAGUUCACCAAUAGAAAAGUCAAAUUUGAUGAGCAAGUUAUUAAGCUCACCACCACAAAAACAAUCCAAUGCUCCAUCUGUUUAUGACAGUGUAUUUGGAAAUUGGCAUAAUGGUGGAAUUUCCUCUAAUCCACAGGCCAAUUGGGGAACUGCUCCAGGAACGCCAUUCUUGGGAGGAUUUGCUCAAAUGCCAAAUCCUAAUGUUGUUUAUAAUCCGUUUGGUUUUUCUCCAGUUGGAUAUCCAACUAGUAAUUCAAUGUAUUCUCCACCACAACAAACUCCAAAUCAUCACUCUCCUCCAUCUCACACUUCUCCACACUUGGCUGGUGAUCAAUCUCCUGGAUUUAUUCCAUUCCCAUUCAGAGAUAGAAAGAAGAAUGACAAUGGAGCAUCAAACACAUUCAACUUAUUUGAUUAG